AUGGGAGACAUCCAGUUCCUUACCAUUCCCGACAAUUGGAUCUGGUGGCUGGAACAACCAUUCCUUGAGUCUGAAAUCCUGGUCUCGAUCAAGGAUCUCGAGAAAGAUAAAGCCCCUGGCCCUGAUGGUUUCCCGGUAGCCCCCUUCUUAACCUUCUGGGAAACUUUUCGACCAAACUUCCUAAAAUUCUUUGAUGAAUUCUUCCAUAGAGGUAUUCUUUAUAAAGCGAUGAAUGUCACCUUCAUCGCCCUUGUCCCCAAAAAAGAAGGUGCUGAAGAAUUGAAGGACUUUCGGCCGAUAAGUCUGAUCAACUCAACCUAUAAGAUUCUUGCUAAAGCGGGCCUUCUCUUUGGUUUCAAAAGUAAUCCUCGAGGCCCUGUGGUCUCCUACCUCCAGUACACCGACGAUACGUUGGUCUUAUUAGAUGCUGGCCCUAACGAAAUUGAGGACCUUCGCAUUUUCCUGAAAUGCUUUGAAUAUGCCACAGGGUUUAGAGUCAACAUGGAAAAAUCAACCAUGAUAGGGGUGGCCCUUACUCAAGCUGAAACUAGAGCCCUGAUCCUUGAAUGGGAGUGUAAAGUCGACAACCUGCCCACCUCUUACCUGGGUAUGCCACUGGGGUUAGGGAAACCCAAAAAGAGGCAAUGGUCCCACAUCAUAGACAAAGUCGACCGUCGCCUAGCAGGGUGGAAAGGAAGAUACCUCUCCUUCGCGGGUAGAAAUACUCAUAUUAAGGCCACCCUGGCCAACGCUCUGGUGUACAAUAUGUCCCUCUUCCAUAUGCCUGUGUCUGUUGCUAGUAGGCUGGAAGAGCUCAUGAGGAAGUUUCUGUGGUCUGGGGAAGCAGACUCGAAGAAAUUUCACCUUAUAGCAUGGGAUAAAGUCUGCCAACCGAAGCAUCUUGGUGGGCUUGGAAUUCGCCUACUAAGAAAACAAAACUCAGCCCUGCUUGGUAAAUGGUGGUGGUGA